AUCGCUCCGUUCCUGGUGAACGAGCGCCGUAAACAUGGCGGACUACAAGGAGGCACCUUUAGCGACUCGCCCGCAAACAUUAGAUCCGGCGGAAUAUUAUAGAGUUUCACCUGAAUAUCGACGUGCGGAGGAGCAGCGAGCUGCACUGAGGUCCCGACUGAAGAGAGAAUAUCAGAUGAAGCUGAAUAAUCCUCUGAGGAAAGAGCUGAUUGAGGACCCGGCACUCACAAAGUGGACGUACGUCCGUACUGAGCAGUAUAAGAACUUCAGACCAACACCCAAAUCGUCCCUGGUCGCGGGUUUGAUCGGCGUCGCUCCGCUCUUUAUCUUGUGCUACGUGUUAAAGACCGACCGUGACAAAAGGGAGCAGCGGAUAAAAGACGGGACGUACGAACGGCCCUACAGACUCUCGUACUGACCUCUGACUCAUGUUGUAUUUCAUGUUGUACAUGUAACUAUAAAUAAACUUUACUGCUGAAAUAAUAA